GAGCAAGUGAGUUUAACGAGGUCACGAGAACAGCUCCAAGGUUAAGCCAGGACUUGGCAUCGAGUUUAACGAGGAUUGCCACCGUCUUGGAUUAGCAUUUAGCAAUGACCCCAGAUCCGAAACUCGCAAUCACGCCACAGAACGAGUUGUCCAUUAAUAGCAUCGGUUGCCGUGAAGAUUUAGCCAUCAUGAUCGGGGAUGUUGCCAUUCACCUAUCCGCGAUUGAAAACGGAGACCCGAAAACGACGUUCGACUACAGCUCACGCCCCGCGUUUUACGCAAUUCCUGUCGACCGAUCACAACUCACAGAAAAGACCCAGUCCAGCGCUAGCGCCGACCCGGGACUUUCUAUCCGAUCAGCUCCAUCUCUACUUCUUGGGCCCGAGCGGCCACAGUCAACCUCGAUGCGCUCGCCGACGCGCGGCCUUUCAAGCCCUCCUUCGGAUUUCGACGAAGAAUAUGAGCAAGCCUACCCUGAUAUUGAGCACGUUGAAGGCAGAGAUGAAGGUGGUGAAAAAGAUGAGGAUGAACAACUGUGCGGCUGCGCUCGCAUUCCUGCCGCAUUCACUCGGGACAUCGCCUCCGGGCGACAGCCAAACGGCGCGGCAACAGCUGCUUACCUCAGACGAGCCGCAAACCUUCUUCAAGAUCUUUGAGUCCACUUAUGUUACUCCCACAUUCGCCUCGCUUGUUCUCAAGUCGGAAUAAAAAACCAACGAUGCCUCUGAAAACUCUCAUCUCGAGAUUUAAGCACGUCGUUUCGAAUCAUGAUUAUAUCGGGGACGUU